CCAAGAGGUAGCUUCCUCCUAUAUUAGCAAGAGCGAGCCUCCAUUGGCAGCAGCAGCAUCAAGCAUACCCUUUCCCUCUCCUCUCUUCGUUUGCAGUUGCAGCUUCCUCACUCACAGUCCCUCCCCUCAAGACUUGAGCCCAGAUGGUUCACGAGAUGGCUUGCUUCUCCGGCCGUGCUCCACCGGCGGCGGCUCUGUCCCCGUUCCACGACGAGCAGGACCCGGCCGUCGUUCCGGAGGAGGUGUACCACGGCCACGAAGAGGGCCUGGAGGAUGCUAGCUGCGGCCGUGGCCACGGCGCCGGCGGUGGGCAGGGGAAGCGGAGCACGAGAGGCCACUGGCGCCCCGCCGAGGACGCCAAGCUCAAGGAGCUCGUCGCGCAGCACGGGCCCCACAACUGGAACCUCAUCGCCGAGAACCUCGACGGCCGAUCAGGGAAGAGCUGCCGGCUGCGGUGGUUCAACCAGCUGGACCCGCGGAUCAACCGGCGUGCCUUCUCGGAGGCGGAGGAGGAGCGCCUCCUGGCGGCGCACCGCGCCUACGGCAACAAGUGGGCGCUCAUCGCCCGCCUCUUCCCGGGCCGCACCGACAACGCCGUCAAAAACCACUGGCACGUCCUCGCCGCGCGCAGGCACCGCGUGCAGUGCGGCGCGAUCCGGCGCCGCAAGCCCUCCUCCUCCUCCUGCACCGCCGCCACCUCCUCGUCGCACUUCGCGCCAGCCGCCGUCGCCGGCCGCCGCCGCUACGGCUCCCCUCCGCUGCCGUCCCACGCCGGCGAUGCGCACGCCCAGGAGCACGGCGUCCGCACGGAGGCGGCGGCGGCGGCGGCGGCCAGCGGCAGCGAGUCCGUGGAGUCCGCAUCCACCGGCACCACCGACCUCUCCCUCGGCUCCGCCGGCGCGGCCGCCGUCCCCUGCUUCUACCAGAGUUCGAGCGCCGGCUACGACGUGCGCCCUCGCGCCGCCGCGCUCGCGCCCGGCGCGCGCUCCGUGUUCUGCGUUCCCUCGCCAGCACGCCACCGGGCGGCGGCCUCCGACGACGGCUGCGGCAGGCUCGCCCGGCCCUUCUACGACUUCCUCGGCGUCGGUGCGACAUGAUCGGAGUGCUGGCCGGUGGCGGUGGUGUACAGGAGAAGCCAAUCUGAGAUGAGGAAUGUUUUUUACUGCCCAAAGAGCCAGAGAUGCAUAGUUACCGUCAUCAUCUGAAUUUUGGCCUAGGAUGCUGUAAGCAGAGUCCUGAAAUCCGUGGACAGAGGAAUCUUCCACCAAGUAACUUUUCUGAAAG